GCGUGGCUCUGCCGUCAUUUCUGCGCGACCACAAUUUUUUGGCAUUGAGUUUUUGGGCUUCUCCCCCGAACUAUGCCUAAAGUAGUAUCCCGGUCGGUAGUGUGCUCUGACACCAGGGACCGGGAGGAGUAUGACGACGGCGAGAAGCCCCUCCACGUCUACUACUGCUUGUGUGGCCAGAUGGUCCUGGUGCUGGACUGUCAGUUAGAGAAAUUGCCCAUGAGGCCCCGGGAUCGGUCCCGUGUGAUUGAUGCUGCCAAACAUGCCCACAAGUUUUGUAACACAGAAGAUGAGGAGACCAUGUAUCUUCGGAGGAUUCUUUGCUUGUAUCAUCAACUGUCUCUGGGAGGAACAGAAGAAACCAGAAAGAGUAUUCGCCUCCAGGGAAGAGAGGCACCCACCCCUAGGCCUGAAGGGAUUGAACGACAGUACAGGAAGAAGUGUGCAAAGUGUGGACUGCCACUCUUCUAUCAGUCCCAGCCGAAGAAUGCCCCCGUGACCUUCAUUGUGGAUGGAGCAGUGGUCAAGUUUGGCCAGGGUUUUGGCAAAACGAAUAUCUAUACUCAGAAACAAGAGCCUCCUAAGAAGGUGAUGAUGACCAAACGGACGAAAGACAUGGGCAAGUUCAGCUCCGUCACGGUGUCUACCAUUGAUGAGGAAGAAGAGGAAAUUGAGGCUAGAGAAGUUGCCGACUCGUAUGCACAGAAUGCCAAGGUGAUUGAAAAACAGCUGGAGCGCAAAGGCAUGAGCAAAAGGCGGCUGCAAGAGCUGGCUGAACUAGAAGCCAAGAAAGCAAAAAUGAAGGGGACCUUGAUUGACAACCAGUUCAAGUGAAUCAGGACCUUUCUCUCAACCCCAACUGGUGGCAAGCAUUUAGAUAAGGAGGAAAAAGAACUUUGUCUCGACUCCAUGGACUGGUGCCCACCUUUUUGCCCCAGCAGAAGGCUUUACAUUGCUUCCCACUGAUUCCUCCUACCUUCGGUGAGGUCUUUGAGUCUAUCUGACCUGCUUUCUAGAGAUGGGUUUUCUAAAUCUUUCUGUAUAUAGGCCUUCUGUACUAUUUUUUGUCUGUUUCAUGCACACUUCUUCAGCUAUGUAGAAACUCUAUGAAUACAUCAGUGCUCGAGUGUCUCUAGUUUCUAAAGUAGCCAUUCUCCUUCCUUCUUCACAGUUAAUAUAACGUUUAAAGAUGUUUGAAAAAAGCAUUAUGAUGUGCCACAGAGAAAAGUAUCAUGGAUUAUAUUUAAAGUUGCAGCAAUUCUGAUUCUUUUAAGUGACUCUAUUCUUAGACUGGCAGGAAUUGGCUAUGGUUUGAAUCUCUCUGCUGUCAGAAAAAAAUCUACAAAAAGCCAGAAUCUACAUAAAGCUUCCUUCACUUCAUGUUCAGAAAAACUUCCCUGGUAACAAACUACAGAAAUGAUCCCUGAAAGCAUAGCCUUGCUUCCUCUAUUUCAAGUGUUAAAGCAAUAGGUGACUUACUCCUUAUCAGACUUCAUACUUAAGGAACAGCCCAAUUGGAAUGAGGGGUGGGGGAGAGCAGCUCAGAUCGUAAAUGAAAACAGGGUCUCAGUAAGCCACCGAAGUAAGUACCAUCCCAGUGAGCAGCUCAGAAGAGUACUGCUUCCGUACAUGGGUAUAGGAGAGAGACAGUAAGAACCAAUACUGAGAGUAGUGAGUGUAUCUACUGGCUGUCUGGUAUUUCACAUUUGCUAUUUGUAGAGGAGUGUUGUAUAUUUAAAUAUUUAGGGAUGCCUGGGUGGCUCAGUCGGAUAAGCAUCUGCCUUUAGCUCAGGUCAUGAUCCUGAGGAGUGAGCCCCAAGUUGGGCUCUCUGCUCAGCAGGGAGCCUGCUUCUACCUCUUCCUUGGCCCCUCCCCACCGCUCGUGUUCUCUCUCUCUCUCUCUCAAAUAAAUACAAUCUUGUAAAGAUAAAAAAAUUAACAUCAUGCAGUUAGAGAUAGCAAUAUGUAGUGUUACAUACAUGUUUUUAUCUGUUUACUUUAUUGCAAGCUGCUGCAGCUGGAAGAGGAUUUUAACCUCCUUGUAUUCUCCACUUAGCAGUCGCCCAGGACCUAUAUGUGAGGUGCUGUUGGGAAAUAAUUGGGCAUUUUUCCCUGACUUCCUCAUUUAGCGUAGGGGGGUAGAUGUGAGCUAGCGAGAACUGGGAGAAAGAAGGGCGUCAGGGAUCCUGGGAAAUCCUGGGUGGGGCUGUGUUACCAUCUUCCCAAGUUAUUCCCCUGCAUCCAGUGAGGUCUUUGCAACCAAGUCUUCCUCUCCAUCUCAUUUCCUAUCCUCAUUCAGAAAGAUACUUUGACAUUAUAUGGAGAGCCAACCAUAUCUCCUAACAAUUCCUUAACCUCACCCCUAAACAGUGACCUUUACCUUCACACCACUUUAGUUACAAACUCCUGUGACUACAGCUUGGCUGCCAUGUCCAGUGUCUCUGAAAUCCAAAAUUCUAGAAAUCCAGAAUUCUAUUUUGUCAUCACAACCUCCUAACAUUGCUAUUAUCAUGCUCAUAGUUCACUAAACCUGUUUUGUUUGUUUUUAGAUUUGAAGGGUGAUAAUUUUAUUAGUACUUAUAAUAAAAAAUAGUAGUAGUUUACUGAUGAUAAUACUUUCUAGUGGGUAUUUACUAUGUUUCACGUGCUACGGAAAGUGCUUUAUGGGUAUUAUCUUAAACAAGAUGACAGUACUAUGAGACAGAUCUAACUGUUCUCAUUUUCAUUUUAUAAAUGAGUAUCUGAGGCUCUAAGAGUGUAAAUUUCCCAAGAUCCCCUAGCCAGGAAGUGAUCAAGCCAGAAAUCUGACUACAGAACUAGGCUAAAUUGCUAUUCUUAUGGGAUUUUUAAAAAAUAUUUUAUUUAUUUAUUCAUCAGAGACACAGAGAGAGAGGGGGGGGCAGAGACACGGGCAGAGGGAGAAGCAGGCCCCAUGCAGGGAGCCCAACGUGGGACUCGAGCCUGGGUCUCCAGGAUCACACCCUGGGCUGAAGGUGGCACUAAACUACUGAGCCACCCGGGCUGCCGUCUUACGGGAUUUAAAAAAAAAAAAAAUCUAUUAUUGAGAGUGGAUAGCAAUUUCAUUUUGAGAAACCAAGUAAAAUGCGAUAUAAAGACACAUAGAGGUCUCCUUGUAGCAGUUGUGUCGUUACCUUUCCACAUAUUUUCUGAACUAUUUGUCCUUAGCUACUCACUCUAAACCCAUUUUGACAUCUGGUUCAGAUUACGCAUUUUGUUUCAUCUUUAAGACUGUAAAUCAGUGUGUCAUUAGCACCAAAUAAACAUGUGCUCUUCAA